AUGAAGGUAUUUGGGAUUAUAACUGUAACUCCGCACGAUGAUUUCUCAGGCAUUUGGGAUUCGAUGAAUACUAUAUCCAUUUGGGAUUCCUCUUUCUUCUCCGACGAUUUUUCCGGGCGAUAUGUUUUUGAUGGAGCUGCUUAUUAUUUCUUGGCUUCGCUUCUCUUAAUCCUUGUCUUUCAUAUCUUCAUUUCCAGUAAAUAUCGCUUCUUCAGUUAUGUUUCCUCUUCCUCUUCUUCUUCCCCCACGGACUCAGUUUCUCAUGCCAAGUCAGGCAUAUCCGGACUAGUUUCUGAUGAAGAUUUGAAAAGGCUGAUCCAAACCUUGGAGGAAAGAGAUAAGGCGAUAUGGGAAAAUGUUAUUCACAAAAGCAACAAUCGCAUUUCAUACACUGCUAAACGCUACAGGCCACAAGAUGGUGGUCCUAUGAAGUACCUAAGUGUUACGGUCUUUGAGGAUUGCCCCGCAGAGAGAUUGAGGGACUUUUACAUGGACAAUGACUAUAGGAAACAAUGGGAUAAGACUGUGGUUGAGCACGAGCAACUGCAGGUUGACAGUCACACCGGAAUCGAGAUUGGUCGCACCACUAAAAAGUUUCCAUUGUUGACAUCAAGAGAGUACGUCCUAGCUUGGAAGUUGUGGGAGGGAAAGGACACCUUCUACUGUUUCACCAAGGAAUGUGAUCACAACAUGGUACUGCGACAGAGGAAGUAUGUGCGUGUAAGCUAUUUUAGAUCUGGGUGGCGCAUCAGGAGAGUUCCUGGUAGAAAUGCAUGUGAGAUCAAAAUGUAUCACCAGGAAAAUGCGGGGUUAAAUGUUGAGAUGGCGAAGCUGGCUUUCUCAAAAGGCAUAUGGAGUUACGUUUGUAAGAUGGAAAAGGCACUUCGUAACUACAUUGCAAUCACUCAUAGACCUCAAGGGCCCCUUUUAUCUGCUCUCAACUUUAUCCAAAAGGUUCCAUCAGAGUUUGAAAGUCAGACAGAAGAGGAUGUCACAGUCUCCAUGGGAACUAGUAGUGGCGGAAAACAGAACAAGUUAUUGAGAAAGCCAUCAAAGAAACUGAUUGCAAAAGGUCUGCUUCUUGUGGGCGGUGCCUUCUGCUUGUCCCGUGGUCACUCAGCCUUAGGUGCUAAAGUAGCGUUGGCUUACCUCUUGACGAAGCUCAACAAACGUGGCACUCCUCUGAGUCAGACCACCCCGAACACUAGUAUUUAA